GAGAAAAAUAGGAAUUUAUAUUAAGAAAAAAAAAUUAACAAAAAAACUCAAACCCUUGCUUUGCACUGAAGUCUUCUCAUGCGCGCAACCUUAAGCGAACUUCAAAAAUUCUUUUUAACCGAUUUAACAAGUGGAAGAAUUGAAAUGAAGCAAAAAAAUAUUAAUUAUGUCGCGAACUGAGUGGAUAAAGUGCGUCUGGACACAUGAAGAAUAUGGCAAAAUGUAUAAUUUAUUAUGGAAAGAAUUCAGUCACUGUUUCUCCUUGUUUUUUGCACCGUCCACGAUGACGAAAAAGGUAACUAGGAACUUGACAAAAGAACACGGGUAUAUAAGAGGCGAGUGAGGGUAACUUUCUCCUUCAGUUGAUCUAUGAGCCUGGCGUAGUGCGCAAGGUCUGUAGUUCAGUAGCAGUGCGUCUACUUCUUGCUUCAAGUGCUCAAAGUUUUGUGUGUCAGUCGUACAAUAACAUAGUUGUGAGCAUUGACGGUUAACGGUUAAGUGUCAGUGUCAUUUAAAAAGAAAAUGUGUCAAAUGAAGUGCGUUAUGUGGGCAGCGUUGAUACUGUUGUUCCAUUUGAGUGUUGGAAAGGCGGACUCCGGCUAUUUUUAUCCACCACCCAACAACAGUGCCGCUUUACCGCAAGAAAACGGACUUGGCGCCGGCUACCAUUAUGAACCGCCAAACACUUUGGUGGAUCAACAGAAUUUUAGUGGUUAUUAUUAUCCGCGUCCACCUUCGCGCAUACCCAUAUUACCAGCCGAAAAUCAAGCGGGGAACAUCGUUGAACCAACUGGCACACCACCACCAGGCGUAAUGGGUGAUUUUAUCGAUGAUCUAAUUGAUGGGCAAAAAGAGCAAAUUAUUUCGUCAAUCUUGGGUAAUGGUGACUUUGUUGAUGAUGAUGAUUCGAAAGCGUUGCGUUUCAACAAAUGUGCUUCGUGUGCUUGUGGUGUGCCGAAUGUUAAUCGUAUCGUCGGCGGCACAGCUGUACGCAGCAAUAAAUAUCCCUGGACGGCACAGCUACUUACUAAGGGUUUUCUAUUCUGCGGUGGCGCUUUGAUCAAUGAUCGUUAUGUACUCACCGCUGCUCAUUGUGUGAUGGGCCAGCGUGCCAGUUCGAUCUCUGUACGUGUGCUGCAAAUUAAUCGUGCUACAACAAAAACGGGUAUUACCAGAAAUGCUGCGGCUUUAAUAAUGCACGAAAAAUACAAUACGAACACCUUGGUUAAUGACAUAGCUUUGGUUAAGUUGAAUAAGCCAGUGGAGUUAAAGGAUCCCAUACGCCCGGUUUGUUUGCCGAAUAUACGUCGACAGAAUUUCGACUUUAAGGAGGGCAUCGUCGCUGGCUGGGGUCUUACAAGUCAAGAUGGCAGCGUAUCGAGCAUUUUGCGUGAAGUCGCCGUUCCAAUUAUCACGAAUGCGCAAUGUCGUGCAACCGCGUAUAAAUCGAUGAUAGUUAGUACUAUGCUGUGUGCUGGUGUUGUGGGUAAAGGUGGCAAGGAUGCUUGUCAGGGUGACAGCGGCGGUCCGCUGAUUGUACGUGAUGGUAUCUUCCAAUUGGCCGGUGUGGUAUCCUUCGGUUACGGUUGUGCCAGACCAAAUGCACCUGGAAUUUAUACACGUGUCAGUCGCUACUUGGAUUGGAUUUCAAAUAAAACUACAGAUGCCUGCUAUUGUUCGAAAUGAACUGGUUAAGUGGCCUCAUAUGAGUUUUCGCAAAUAGUUUUG